AUGUCUUCAAACACUGCUGCCACCACAAGUUCAUCCGUAGACACAGCAACUCUCCGUUCAGUCCGUUCUCUCUACAAUGCCAAUGAAAUUAGCGUUGCAAUGAAUGUUGCCAAAUCGCGUGAGAGAUGUCGAUGGGCAGCAGGUUAUUUUUGUUUCCUUUCUCUUGGAAGUUUAGGCUAUUGGGGAAUUGCAAAACGUUUUCCUGUCGGAGUGUUACUUCCAUUGAGUGCUGUAGGAGCCUAUACGUUAUGGGAAUAUGAUUUAGGAUAUGGAACAAAAUUACACCGAAUGAGUCAAGAAGCACAAAAUAUUCAAACAAAAGAAAGGUACAAGUAUUUUGGAAAGUAUUAA